UGGUCAUUUGGGAUGCAAGUGCUGCUUCCGUGAGUGGCGAUGGCCGCGCUGGCUCCGCUCCCUCCGCUCCCGCCGCCGUUUAAGAGCAUUCAGCAUCACCUGAGGACGGCCCAGGAGCACGACAAGCGGGACCCGGUGGUGGCCUAUUACUGUCGACUAUAUGCUAUGCAAACUGGGAUGAAGAUUGACAGCAAAACUCCUGAAUGUCGUAAAUUUUUAUCAAAACUCAUGGACCAGUUAGAAGCUCUUAAGAAACAGUUGGGUGAUAAUGAAGCUAUAACUCAAGAAAUAGUUGGUUGUGCCCAUUUGGAGAAUUACGCUUUGAAAAUGUUUUUGUAUGCAGACAAUGAAGAUCGGGCUGGGCGAUUUCACAAAAACAUGAUCAAGUCCUUCUACACUGCAAGCCUUUUAAUAGAUGUCAUUACCGUAUUUGGAGAACUCACUGAGGAAAAUGUAAAGCAUAGAAAGUAUGCGCGAUGGAAGGCCACAUACAUCCAUAAUUGUUUAAAGAAUGGGGAGACGCCACAAGCAGGCCCUGUUGGAAUUGAGGAAGACAACGAUGUUGAAGAAAACGAAGAUGCGGGAGCAACCUCUCUGCCCACUCAGCCACCCGAGCCCUCAUCCUCUUCAGCAUAUGACCCAAGCCACAUGCCAUCAGGCAGCUUUACUGGAAUCCAGAUUCCCCCAGGUGCACAUGCUCCUGCUAAUACCCCUGCAGAAGUGCCGCACAGCACAGGUGUCACAAGUAGUACUGUCCAGCCAGCCCCACAGACUAUUCCAGCCAUCGAUCCUGCACUGUUCAGUACAAUUUCCCAGGGGGAUAUCCGUCUCACUCCCGAGGACUUUGCGAGAGCUCAGAAGUACUGCAAAUAUGCUGGCAGCGCUUUGCAGUAUGAAGAUGUGAGCACCGCUGUACAGAAUCUGCAGAAGGCCCUCAGGUUGCUGACGACAGGCAGAGAAUGAAGUCUUUGUUCAGGAGAGAGCCAUGUAUUUUUGGCAUAAGGAACUAUUAGUCCAUUAUUGUAUCCUCAGCCUAUCAGGAGCACAAUUUUAAGGAAGACUUUGGUUCCAUUGACCAGGAUAGUGACUCUGUGUGUAUCAGAUUCCUAUUGAAGCAUUCAGCAGCCUCAGCCAAUUUCAUUGUCCAUUUAGUGGAUCCAAUAAUCUCUGAGUACAUAAGGCUGAUGUUAGCAAGAUCCUAAAAAUGUCCAUUGAACUCUGCUUCAGAAAAUGAAAACACACCUUUACAAAAUCAUGUUGGGAAUAACUUUCUUAAUUUACACACAUUAAAGGAUUUUUUUUAAAUCUGUAUCUGGAAAAAUAAACCAUACUACUUUUUACAAAACUCUAAGUUUAACUUUUAAUACAGAUUGCCAGAAUAUUCUAGGUUAGGGGUCAUGUUUUUGUCUUCCUCGAGAUUUACAAAACAAAUACAAACAUCCGAAAAUACUAGAUGAAUCCAAAAGAGAUUGUGUUCAAACUCAGUUUAUAGUCAUGUCAGCUGUUAUUGUUAACAAUUUGAAAUUUCACAGAAGGAAAUAUGAAGUGACAAAGUAGAAUCUCUCUUAGAUUUCUGAAUGUUAGUUUCCAACUGCUUGCCCCUACCCAUUGAAGUGUAUGGUGAAUUGGUGUUUGCUUCAUAGGCAGUUUGCAUGUAUUAAAAAAAUCAAAAAACUGUAGUAAUUCCUGGCAACUUGAUGCUUGAAGUUAACGUUCUCCUCUGCUGCUGUGGAGUGGUUCUGUAUCUAUUGUGUAGAUGGGAUGAUGCAGAAGACUGUGGGUCUUCAGAUUCUGUUAGAAGUUUCUUAAGUUUCAUGGGGAGCUAUGGACUUUUGUACCACCUGGAGUAGUGCUAAGUAAAAAAAAUAAAUGCAAGGGUUCUUUAACUAGUUUAACUUAUAACAGAGCCAAAUGUCUGUAUUGAUCUGCAUGAUAGAAUUGUCUUUUUUUAACUAUUUAUAUUUAGUUGCAGAAUUACAGAUGCUUCUAUAGUAAAAAAAAAAAAAAAAAAAGAUGGUUGAUAAAAAAUGCAUUUGUCAAAUUUUCAUGAAACAUACAUAGUCCACUUUAUUAGGUCACUUGAAUAGGAUUGGGUAGGAAUUUGUCAGGCUCCAGCAGGGUGACUUGUUACAUACAGUGUUAGUGGAUAACCUUACUUUUUCAUGAAAGUUGCUUUCCACAGCUUCAGAGUUGCUGGACUUACAAGGAUGUUUACUAAAAAAAGUUUCCUGACCCCUAUUUUAACAAUGUCUUUGAAAGAAAGUAAAUCACUAACUCAUAAUCAUUUGUGUCCAUUUUUCUCUACAUAAAUGUGUUUGUUAGAAUGAAUAAUCAGACUGAAUGAACUAUUCUAAAUUAUUGUUUAAAAGUCCCAUUGUCUCCUUAAUUUUUUUUUCUCAUAUGUUUUCACAGACAGGAUUUAGCAGAUCUGGAUAACCAGUGCUCGAAGAUAGUCUAUAAACCAUCCUUAUAAUUGACAACUGGCUAGAAUUAUUCUAAAAGAGUUACAUAUAAGCAAAUUUUAAUUCAAUUCUUGUUUAUACACUAAAAAAUAUCACCUCCUAUUUCAUACUCUCAUUAGGAGAGCACCUGGCAGGAACGGGACAAGACCGUGAUGACAGGGCUACGUGGUACCACAAAACCCUUCACUCUGUUAGGAGACUUGAAAUACAAUUCAUGAAGUGCUUAGCCCAAGGUAGAAUUCAAUAAGUGUUUAUUGUUGUUCAUUUUAAUACUAUAAUGUAAUGUGGAUGUUAAAAUUUUACUUGCCAAAUAUUAGGGGGAAAAGUUUUCUUUGUGGCCCAAUGUCUGAAAAUGCUUUCAUGCCUGAGGGACUGCACUUCAUAAUGUUUUCUUACUUUGUAUUUGUUUUUCUGUAAAUGCUAAUGAUAAAACUCCCUCAUUCUGGUGUAACACUAGGAAAAACAAUUUUUAUUCAUUCAACAUCUAUUCACUGAGCAGCUACAAAGAACCUAUUUUUCCUUGCAAAAACAAGUAGCAGGAAAAAAAAUCUCUGCCUCAGAGUUUAGGUUCUAAUGAGGUAAAGAACAGACAUGUUAAAUAAAAGUAUAUCAUAUAUUGUAUUUG